CCUUUGCUUCCCGUCGUUCUUCGUGUGUUCUUUGAGUCACACCAUGCGUCGCCCCUGCCCCGCGCCAAGCCCUGCCCCUCCAUAUCGUGUGGUCAUUCGAUUUCUGACUCCAACAUCCGCCGAAGACGAAGACGAAGCCAAUUCAUUCCGCACCGAUCAUGUCGACCUCCGAGCCCCCCACCGAGCAGACCGCCGCUCUUAGCGUCGAGGAUACACCAGCUGAGGACGUUCCUCUGGGUCCCGACGGAAAGCCCCUCACCAAGUCGGCUAUCAAGAAACUGCAGAAGGAGAAAGAGAAGGCCGAGAAGGCCGCCGCCCGCAAGGCCAAGGAGGACGCUGAGAAGGCCGCCCGUGACGCAGCGAACGUCGACCAUGCCACCGAGUUCUACGGAAAGCAGCCGCUCAACAACUCCGCGACCCGUCCCGGCCACACCUAUGCUCAGUUGUCGGCGCUGAGCGCGGCGAAUGACGGGGAGGAGGUGAUCCUGCGUGCGAGGGUUCAGAACUCGAGAGCCCAGGGCGCAAAGAUGGUGUUCUUGGUGCUCCGACAGAGUUUCGAGACUAUCCAGGCGCUGCUCCAGGUCGCCGGCGAUGGAAGUGUCAGCAAGCAGAUGGUCAAAUGGGCGGCGGGCAUCAACAAUGAGUCCAUCGUGAUGGUCCACGGAACCGUCAAGAAGGUCGACGAGGAGAUCAAGUCGGCGAGUGUCUCCGAUGCCGAGAUCCACAUCACCAAGAUCUACAUUGUCUCCGAGGCGCCUGCACAGCCCGCAAUUCUGUUCGAGGACGCCAGUCGCUCUGAGGCGAAAGCCAAGGAGCUUGGGCUUCCCGAGGUGGCUCUGUCGACGAGAUUGGACAACCGUGUUAUCGACCUGAGGAUUCUGUCGAAUCAGGCGAUCUUCAGAUUGUCGUCAGGUGUGGGUCAGCUGUUCCGCGAUUAUCUCUUCAAGCUAGGAUUCGUCGAGUUCCACACGCCGAAGUUGAUUGCUGCCGCCAGUGAAGGAGGUGCGAACGUCUUCAAGGUCACAUACUUCAACAAGGAUGCCUUCCUGGCACAGAGCCCUCAGCUGUACAAGCAGAUGCUCGUUGUUGGUGGCUUCGAGCGUGUCAUGGAAAUUGGACCUGUGUUCCGUGCUGAGAACUCGCAGACUCACCGUCACAUGACCGAGUUCACCGGUCUCGAUAUGGAAAUGGCCUUCAACGAGCACUACCACGAAGUGAUGGAAGUCCUGGCGGACAUGCUGGUCAACGUCUUCAAGGGCCUGCGCCAGAACUUUGCGAAGGAGAUUUCCAUCGUCCGCGAUCAGUACCCGAUCGAAGAAUUUAAGUUCCCUGAGUCCGGCAAGGACGUAUUAGUCCUCACCUUCAAGCAGGGAGUAGCAAUGCUUCACGAGGCUGGCCACAAUGAUGUCUCCAACCUGGAGGAUCUCUCUACCGAAAUGGAGCGUACCCUCGGACGCCUUGUCAGAGCGAAGUACGAUACUGAUUUCUACGUUCUCGACAAAUUCCCAUCUGCAGCGAGACCAUUCUACACCAUGCCCGACCCCGCUGACAACCUAUACUCAAACUCUUACGACUUCUUCAUGCGUGGCGAAGAGAUCCUCUCCGGCGCUCAGCGUGUGCACGACGCCGAGUUCCUCGCCGAGCGAAUGAAGGUCUUCGGCGUCGACCCCGACUCUCCCGGUCUGGAGGACUACGUUCAGUCCUUCCGCAACGGAGCACCGCCUCACGCCGGAGGAGGUAUCGGUCUUGAGCGUGUCGUUUUCUUGUUCCUCGGUCUUGGAAACAUCAGGCGUGCGAGUGCUUUCCCGCGUGAUCCGGUUAGGCUGAGGCCGUAGAUGGGGUGUAAUAGACUGGGAGAAUGUUGGGGAGACUUGUUGUAGCUAUGAAUAAGAUCGCACCACCAGCAGUGACAAACACUACGAGUCUGCGAGGACUGCGCCGCACGGGUA